AGGAUCAGGUGUUUAAAGACACUAUAAAAACACCUGUUAGUCUCAGGACAUCAGUAACUUUGACCUCCCUGCAGUGUCGCACCCGCAAAUGGAGUGGCUUCAAGUCUUGCUAGGAUUUAUUCUAGUUUGCAGUGGAAUUAGUUUGGCGAGCACAACUACACAAAGCGCAGAACAUAAUCCCACCUAUGUAAUAUCCGUCCCUAAAGUUCUGCGCUGUGGAGUUCCAGCCACACUAUCAGUCACUGUGCUCACAGAACAUCCCAUAAACGUCACUUCUGAGCUCCUCCAUGGCAACAAAAGUGUGGCUCAAAUACAGAGCACCAUCCCAGGAGGCUCCACUAAAAUGCUGCAUCUUCCCCCUGUGUUUUACGAUGACCUCAGUUUCUGGCAUCCAUACGAGCUGCAUGUGAAGGGCUUCGUCGGGCCAACUCAAGUCUUCUCAAAUUCCACCAAGAUGCCCUUCAGCCCCAAGUGCGUGUCCAUUUUUAUCCAAACCGACAAGAACAGCUACCAGCCGGGACAGGCGGUGAAGUUUCGGGUUUUGACCUUAACGCCCGAUGGAAAGCCGUACAAGGGCCGGAUAGACAUUUUUAUCCAGGAUCCGAGGGGGAAUAUGAUUCGGCAGUGGCUGUCUGUGAAUGCCGUCCUCGGUGCUGUGUCAGAAGAACUGAUCCUCUCUCAGAAUCCAUCACGAGGCCAUUGGAGCAUCAUAGCUAAAAUCGAUGAAGUUGUGAAAAAUAGACUGUUCAAUGUCGAAUACUACGUACUUCCUAAAUUUGAAGUGAAUGUGGACGUUCCCUCUGUCCAUUAUCAUGAAGAUACGCUAGUUGGGUCGGUCGAUGCCAGAUAUUUUUAUGGGAAACCCGUCAGUGGUGUCAUGAAGGUUUCCUUUGAUCACUUUUUCUAUGGUUUUAAUGUGCAAUACCAGCAGGAGGGAAGGAUUGAUGGCUCUGCUGAUUUUACAUUUGAAGUACCUCGCUUGGGCAAGCGUACUGUUGAGGAUAUGAACUAUGACAAAUACAGAGGCAGAGAAUACAUCGACAUCAGUGUGAACGUGACGGAGCAUGCUACAGGAUUGACAUACAACAAUAGUGCGAGAGUUUCUAUUGUGAAGAGUAAAUACAAUAUAGAGUUCCUGCAACAUCCACAGUUCAUAAAACCAGCCAUGACCUUCUCUUCUCUGUUGAAGGUAUCCACGUAUAACGGCCAGCCUCUGACUGAUGAAGAGCGGAGGGAAGGCAUACGGCUGGUCAUCGCCCAAUACAAGUUCAGUCCCUGGAUGAUGAAUGAUCAUGAAGAGGCCGGGCCUCGUACCCCCGAACCACCAGACCCUGUCUCCACUUUCUCUCCGGUUUACAAUCUUCCCUUUCAAGAGAUGACGUAUUAUGUUCCUGCUGAUGGGAUAGUGUCGUUUCACACUACCAUCGCUGACGACGUGGCCACGCUUGAUAUAGAGGCUCAGUUUCAAGACACGGUCAGACGGCUACAGCUGCACAGCAGUAAUUCAUCACCCAGCGGGUCUUACAUGCAUCUGCACACCAACAGUGAUCCUCAGGUCGGACAGCCAUUGGCUUUGAAUGUGGAAAGCAACGUUAACCUGACCAGAUUCCACUAUGUGGUGAUGUCUCGUGGUCGGGUGGUGAACGCUGGAACCUCAGAAUCCUUGUAUUUUAGUCUGGAUCCUGAUCAGUCCUGGACUCCGCUGGCCUGUGUUCUAGUGUACUACACACUGUCUGACGGAGAGCUAGUCAACGACGCUUUACAAGUCACUUUCCCACAAGUCCUGACAAACACAGUGUCUCUGAGGUGGAGUCAGGACCGUGCUGGACCAGGAGACUCUGUUUCUUUAUCCGUCUCUGUUUCCGAGUCUGGAUCCCUGGUGGGGUUUCUGGUGGUGGAUAAGGCGACGCUUGACUCUAAAACAGACAAUGGCAUCACAGUCAAGACGGUGCUGGAGGAGUUCAUGUCGUACAGCAGAGACAUGACCUACACAGAUCACACGAGAGAUCCGUAUUCUGCAUUCACGAACUGCGGCGUCACGGUCCUGACAGACGCCAGGCUGAACCAGGAGAACAACAUGAUGUUCUUUGCGUUUCCAGGGGAGAUCGCCUACACGGACCAGCCGUCAGACGGGCCCGCUCACGAGACAAGAGAGAGAAAAUACUUUCCUGAAACUUGGAUCUGGCUGGAUGCCGACAUGGGUAAUUCCACCUCAAAGUCUUUUCCGUUCACCGUGCCGGACAGCAUGACGUCUUGGGUGGCGUUUGGCAUUGUGAUGUCAGAAGGUCUUGGUUUGGGCAUCAGUGAUCCUGUAGAACUGACGGUAUUCCAGAGUUUUUUCCUGUCUCUCAAUCUUCCGGCGUUCAUCAUCCGUGGAGAACUUCUGCUGCUGGACGUCAAUUUAUUCAACUAUGUGGAUGUGGAUUUGGAGGUGAUCGUGGUCAUUGCAGAAAGUCCCAUGUUUGAGUUUGUGUCUCCAGACGGUGAAGAAUAUUCUUUGGCUAAUGUGAGGAAGGUCUAUGUCAUGAGUCAAAACAUGACAAGCAUUCUGUUCCCCAUCCGUGCCACCGUACUGGGAGUGAUUGUCUUCUCUGUCAAAGCCACGUCCAUCUACACUUCAGACUUAGUCUACAAAACCGUUCUUGUCAAGCCGGAGGGAAUGGAGCAGUCGUCCACUCAAACGCUGUUUCUGGAGUUUCCAUUAAAUCAGAGAAUUCUGUCCAGAUCAAUGGAGUUUAUGUUUCCAGCAGACGUGGUUCCUGGCAGUCAGAGGGCCAGUGUUUCCGCUGUGGGUGAUAUUCUGGGUCCGUCGAUCGGCAAUCUGGACUCUCUCAUUCAGAUGCCCUACGGCUGUGGAGAACAAAACAUGAUUCAUUUCGCUCCAAACGUCUAUGUUCUCCAAUAUCUGAGGAGCUCAGGGCAGAAUGAAGAGCAGACGAGGAACCGAGCGAUGAGCUACAUGCUGGAAGCUUAUGAACGUGAGCUGUCGUAUCAGAGGAUGGAUGGUUCUUUCAGCGCGUUUGGAGACAGCGAUCCAUCGGGCAGCACGUGGUUAUCAGCGUUCGUGCUGAGAUGUUUCCUGCAAGCUCGAACGUUCGUUCCCAUUGAUCCAUCGGUGAUACAGAGGACAGCUUCUUGGCUGGAGACCCAACAGAACCCUGACGGAUCAUUCAGAGAGCCGGGUUACGUCAUUCACACAGAACUCCAGGGAGGUCUGGACGGGCCCGUUUCUCUCACGGCAUACGUCCUCAUGGCGCUUCUGGAAGACGAUGAAUACAGGAGUUCAUUUGAAGCAAGUGUUUCUUCCGCCAGAAGUUACCUGACCGCUCAGCUGUCUCUGGGUAUCUCCAGUAACUACAGUCUGUGUUUGGUCACAUAUGCGCUCUCUCUGGCCAACAGCUCUGUGGCUUCAUCUGCCCUUACACAACUGUUAAACAGAGCCAUCAUGAGAGAUGGAGUGCCAUCAUGGAGCACUUCAGAAAACGUUCUCUCUAGCUUCUGGCAGCCACGUUCAUCAGAUAUCGAGAUGUCUGCCUAUGUACUGCUGUCCAUGAACAGACAGGCACGCAUGGAUGAAGGCUUUAUGCUGAUGAAAUGGCUCAGUCAGCAGAGAAACCAUCUGGGUGGAUAUGGAUCUACUCAGGACACGGUGAUGGCGUUACACGCUCUCUCGGUCUACGCCAGAUACGGCAGCUCUGACUUUUUGGAUCUCUCCAUCACCGUCAACAAUCUCAUGGGUCCUGUCGCCAACUUCAACAUAAACAAAACCAAUUACCUGCUUCAACAGAGCCAAGACCUGCCUAUGGAAGCAGACGACAGAGUAAAGGUUGAGGUGGUCGCAAGAGGUCAGGGCUUUGCUCUCUUUCAGCUCAAUGUGUUCUACAACAUAAACGGACUGAGGACGUCCCGCCGGCGCCGCGACGUUUACACCGAUGACUUCUUUUAUCUGUAUGUGGAUGUCGCGGAUGAUGACACAUUCCAUAUAAACAUCCAUAUAUGUUUCAGUCUGAGACCUGGUAAGGGUCUGAAUCAAACAGGUAUGGCCAUCCUGGAUGUGGGUUUGCUCACCGGGUUCAGCUUGAACCAAGACACCAUCCAGACAGACGAUGUGGUCCGAAGGAUCGAGACGCCUCCUGGACGAGUUAUUCUUUAUUUAAACGCAGUGAAUACAGUUGAAAGGUGUGUCGACAUACCCACCAUCUUGGAUUUCAAGGUGGCCAACGUUCAGGAUGCAGUGGUUAUGAUCUAUGACUAUUACGAACCCCUGCGUAAGACAGUCCGGUCCUACACGUCUGUGAGGAGACGUGACAUGUCCGUGUGUUCUCUGUGUGGCUCUGAAUGCGCUCAGUGUCAGAAUCAGGACUCCUGGCCCACCGAUGGGACGUCAUCGUUUAACAAACCUCUUUUGACUCUCAUCUUCACCACACUUCUCAUUCUCCUCUCGGUCUGUAAUUAAUCAGUGUUUGAGAUCAGUUUGACUUUAAAAUAAACAUAAACAGACUUUUUUUAUUUAAUGAACCUAAUCCAUGAAAUUUGAGCAGGCUGAUGUCAAUUCUUUUAAAAUCAUCACUGUGUGUCAUGAGCAUUCUUAAAAUCAUUAUGCUGGCUUUGAGACCCUCCUUUUGGUUUGUGGUCACAUGAUCUGUCACAGCUUAAUGAAACAGAAUUGAAUCUCAUCACUUACCUUGAAUGACCAGGUUGUUUUAGACGUUCCUAUUAUGUUGUGUAUUGUGUAAUUUUCAAUGAUUUUUUUAUCUCAGGAAUAGCAGUUAAGUCUCGAGGAGUGUUUGUACAAUAAUACACAAUAAUCAUCUGCUGUAUUCUGCUGCGUUCAGAUCAUGACUGAAUUACUGUAUUUACUGUUCGACUAGUUAAGAGAAACAUUUUUGUUUUUGUCAAAUUCGAAGAUUCAACUUAAUUGUUGUAAAAACUCGUUAUUUUUUUUAAGUCCGUUCAAUAUAAUUUAAGUUUAAUUGACUCAUAAAGCUAAUUUGAUUCAACUUCCAAAUUUAACGAAAAGUUAAAAGUUGUUAUUUUACAGUGUAGGCUAUUUUACUAAAUUGAUCCUGGCGAAUCAUCAAAGAUGUCAAUUAUUUCUGUUGCCAUGGAAACAAGUCACGUGUAAUUCACUUGACGUAACGCAGCAGAAAUGUCUGUUUUGUGCUUAAUGCUUUACAAAUGCUGGUGAAUUGUAAAUCUGUGAACUUCUCUCACAUCAUUACACUGUGAUUUUCAGAUAAGGCGAUGUGGUUUUGUGUUUGUUUUGUGUUUUCGACAGACAAGUGUCUACACCCAAAACCAGCUAAUGUAUAACAGCAUAACCAGCUCAACCAGGCUGCAAAACUAUUUU